CACACACAUUGCUCAGCAGAAGAGCUGCUGCUAACCCAAAGUUGUGGCUGCAGAUGUGUAGCCCAGGAUUAACCGACCAAACACGGACUGAUGGAAAACACGGGACGUCAUGAAAGAGAUUGACACUGUGGGGGGUGAAAAAGGUGAAAAUUGGGUUGCUGGUGAAGAAAAUGAAGAGGCUGCUCCAAUGAGGCGUAGUUUCUCGGUAGAAGACCUUCUCGAUGAGGUGGAGAAGAUUGGUUACGACGCCGCAGGGUCAUCAAAGGCGGAGAUGGUGGUAAGGCUGUGGAAGGAUGGCUUCACUGUAAAUGACCAGGAGUUUCGCAGCUACUCCAUCCCAGAGAACCAGGAAUUCCUCGAUGCCAUUAAGAGGGGAGAGCUUCCAGCAGAGUGGGAGAGUCGAGCAGAAGAGGAGGAACUGGAGAUCAGUGUGGAGGAUCUGACUGAAGGAAAUUACGUUCCUAAGAAAAGGGCCUUUCACCCUUUCACUGGGAGAGGAUACCGACUUGGCAGUGUUGCACCCAGAGUAGUGGCCAGGUCACCGUCUGUGCAUGAGGAUGGAGGAUCUCCUCCUAUUCCCAUGGUAACACUGGACCACGCCCUUCCUGUUACCUCCCUGCAAAUCUGGUUGGCUGACGGCAGGAGAUUGGUCCAGAGGUUUAACCUAUCACACAAAAUCAACGAUGUUCAAGAUUUCGUAGCACGCUGCCAGAGAAGUUGCCCGCCUUUUGUCCUGACGACGUCGAUUCCUUCCCGAGAGCUCAACGACAAAGAAUUAAGUUUGGAAGAGGCCGACUUGGCCCACGUCGUCAUUGUUCAGAGACCACUGGACACACAGGCUCCGUUUGGACACUGCUGACCAACAGAACCUUGAAACAAUACGUAAAACCUCACACAUCCUCUCACUGACAUAUCACAACCCCCUGAUAUACACUGAUCAACACCCACUGUAACAUAUAAUCUAUAUUUAUUUAGCACUUUAUGCUGCAUUUGAUGAUUGGUAUUUCCCCCUACAGGCACUGUGUGGGAUUAUCUAAUGGAGAUAGUGUUUUAGUGUUUGUAACACAAAAGUGCUGCUGAGGUGUUGUUUUCUUCCUCUGGAGGACACUGUUACCUCGCUUCGUAUGCUGAAAAACAGUCAUAUCAAAGCAUAUCUCAUAUUACGCAAACAGCCAACCUUGUACACUGCAUCCACAUCAAUAAAAUAGGUAACUGAUUUUAAUGUUGUAGGAAGUGCAGCAGUGUAUAUGUGCCCUUUUGUAAAGGGGGUUUAUUCUUAACCAUCUAAUGGCAUUUUAAAUGCGAACUAUUAAUUAUUCUCUAGUGGCUUCAUGGCUUAGCAAAGCAAAAGACAUACCAAUUAGCCACGGCAUUAAAACCAGUUUGAAAUGUUUAUUGUCGUGGCUGAUCGAUGCACCUCUGUUGAUCUACGACAUGUAACCCUCCCUCCCUCCCUCCUCCCGCAGUCGCACACAAAGCCACCACCAGCACCAACAAGCAGCUCUCCAAAGUCUUCCCAAACUAUAAUCACAUUUCUGCACUAUUUACAAUAAAAACAUGCAGCUGUUUUUUUGUUAUCUGUAAUUUUACAAAUGAUUUCAUUGAAUGAUACUAUUACCAAUAUUAAAAGAAAGACAGCUUGUUAUUUUUGUUGGCCUUGACUCAUAAGUUGUUAUAGAUAUAUAUAUUUAUUGCCAUUUUUAGUGAGGAUCACAUUUAAAAUGGACAACGUACUGUUUCUUUUGACCGCAUUGUUUUAAGAAACCACAUAUCAAGGAAAAAUAAAAACAUAUUCCA